AUGAGAACAAGGCACUUUCAGGAUCAAAUGAGAGAGCACCAAGAAAGGGUCGAUAAACUACAGGGCGCUCCUAAGUUAUUGCCGAAGAGAGAUGACAGUCGGUUCGUCAAGCAGCCGUAUAGUGAUAGUGCUUCCCCACAUACCAUACCGAAGACUUUCAAAAUGUCGCCUUACCUGAAAAUAUACGAUGGUACGACUGACCCCGAAGAUCAUGUGACACACUAUGUCAUCGCUGUGAAAGGCAAUGACCUCGCCAAAAAACAAGUAUCCUCCAUUCCGCUGAAGAAAUUCAGCGAAACCCUCACGGGAGGGGCAUUAAGUUGGUACUCGCAACUACUAGCUCUUUCCAUCGAAACCUUCGAGGAAAUGGCCGAUAAGUUCGUGACGGCCCAUGUCGGGGCCAAGAAGACCGAGGCAAGGGUGAAUGAUAUUUUUGCUAUCAAACAGUCCCUGAGAGAAGGACCGAGGGGCUUCCUCGCCCGUUUCAACCAAGUGAGAAUGACUUUGCCCAAUGUAUCAGAAGGAAUGGCGAUAGCCGUUUUUCAAAACGGGCUGAACAGAAAUGGUUCAAAAGUGACAAGAAAAUUAUUAAGUCGGGUUAUGAAAUACCCCACGACAACUUGGGACGAAAUACAUAAUGCAUAUUGUGCCGAAGUUCGAGCAGACGAAGGCGACCUCAAUGGGCCGACUCAUCGGAUGACCUCAGUACAAGUAGAAUCCAGAAAAGAUCGGAGAAGUGAUGUAAGAAGAGAUCCAGCGGCCUCACGGCCAAAUUGGGAACGACAUCUCCCAUAUGUCAAAACUACCGCUAUAUCCUUACCUCGUCAUGAAGAAGGACCACCCCGAUCAAGAACAGAGACUCACUGGAAUGAAAUAUGUAUGCCCCCUUUACUAUUCGCUCACAAUUUUUGCGUGUCACCUACAGAGAUCGUCUACGCCUUGGAGAAGCUCGGACCAAAGGUUAAGUGGCCACAAAAGAUAAGGUCGGACCCAAAUACCAGAAAAUCAGACACGCUCUACGAGUUCCAUCAAGAGCGAGGACACAAAAUCGAAGAUUUCAUCUCCCUAAGAUAG